ACUAAAUUAUCAGGAUUUUAUUCUAAAAAUAUAUAAAAUAACUUAAAAUAAUUAUAAGCUGUAAAGAAAAAUUUUCAAUUAAAUUCACCACAACGAAUGUAACUAUAAUUAAUCUUAUUGAUAUGUCAGUGGCUAUCAAACAUAUUCAAAAGAUUCAUUAUAAAAAAGACGAGAAAAAAAAAUAUCAUGACAAAUCGACAGUUACGUUGUCUACUGAUUCUUGUAUUAAGUGUCUCAGUUUUGUAUAGUAUCUACACGGCGUAUUGGUUAAUUAAAACAAAAUAUAAUUUGGAGAAGUUAGAACGACCAGACAAGUACAAUGAACCGAAAGUGAAUAUUUCGGGUAAUUUCAAUCAACAGAGCCAUCCAUAUUUUUUGGAGCCAAUUGUAACUGUAACGCCUUACAACAAAGAAAUGGAAUGGAAUGAAAUUGCGAACCCACCUCUACCGUGGUAUUUCAAAGAUGGUACAAUAAGACCAACUAAAGCUCGAUUGUUCCCAUUAAGGUCUUGGUUAAAACUUUCACAAGUGUGGCCUAAGGAACAAAUAGAUAGUGAUCGCGUGGAAGAACAAUUAAUGUUUGUGCCACCACAUUACGAUCAUACCAAUGCACCAAUCAAGUCAAUUUUAUUAUACAACAAUAUUAAUGAAUGGAUGGUUGAUAGCGGGCAAAACGAAUUCAUUUCAAAAGAUUGCCCAGUAAAUAGAUGCACAAUUACUACAGACAAAUCAAAAAUCUCAAACAUAGACUCAAUUUUAUUCCGAAAUGAAUUCUCAAAUCCAGGUCAUAUAAAGACCGGUAAACAAAUAUGGAUUUUGUUUAUUAUUGAGUCAGCGUAUUAUACAGAUCUUAACGUUAACCAUGAUUUAAUCAAUUGGACUGCUACAUAUCGUCAUGACAGUGAUAUCGUAACGCCUUACCAACGAUGGGCUUAUUACGAUCCGUCAGUGACUCAGGUUGAACAAUUUAAUCGAAAUUAUGCACUAAAUAAAACGAAACAAGUGGCGAUGAUUGUUUCAGAUUGCAACACUGAUAAUGACAGGGAACUAUUAUAUGCUAGAGAGUUGAACAAAUAUAAUAUAUCUGUAGAUGUGUAUGGUGACUGUGAUGAAUUAAAAAAAAUCGAAUCUGAUAAAUUUCUACGAAUGCUGGACCAGGACUACAAAUUUUAUUUGGCUUUCGAGAAUUCAAAUUGUAUCGAUUACGUGACUGAAAAGUUUUUUGUCAACGGACUUCAGAAUAACGUUCUACCGGUCGUGAUGGGCGCUCGCCUUGAGGACUACAAGCGAUUCGCACCCGACCGAUCGUACGUGCACGUGGACGACUACGAAUCGCCCGAACAGCUGGCCAAUUACCUGCGGCAGUUGGACGCUGACGACGACCUGUACAAUGAGUUCUUCCAGUGGAAGGGCUCCGGCGAGUUUAUCGACACAAAAUUCUUCUGCCGGCUGUGCGCGAUGCUACAUGACGAAGGCGCUCCGGCCAAGAGCUACCAGAACUUAGACCGCUGGUGGCGUGGACCGGGUGUGUGUGAUGACCGUGGUCCUGAGAUCCCGACACAAUUGCCACCGCCGCCGGUAGCGGAUAAUUACAAAGAAGAACAAUGACGGAAGCGGAAGUGCCUACGACGUCUAUAUACUCGUCUUUGUACAAUGUACACAUUCGUACCUACAUUACCAUAAUAUAAUAUUGUAGUCUGUCGAUGUUCUGUAGACCUGCAACAGCAUCGUCAAUUCUAACAAAUUAAUUUCUCUGAUCCCCUACAUUCAAAAUAUUACAAUUUUUUAUGUAAUUAAUUGAAUUACAAUAUGCAAUUAGCAUGUAUUUACUGGACUAUUUUCUUAAUUUUCAGGCUUUUAGAUUAUGUGUAAAACUGAACCCAAAAUCCGCACGUCAUUUUACCACCCUGUAUAUCAGUUUAAACUCGAAUUACUUAACCCAUUGUGGGGCCUGUAGGGGAAAUGUGCGAUUACAGAAAAUGGAUUUACUAGGAAGGGGAAUAAUGUACGAAUUUACCUGACGGGAAAUUGUUGACGUACAUGUCCCUGGCCCCACCCAUCUAACUUUUCAAAAUUUUUUUAAAUUGUUGGCUUUUCGUGCAAAUUACGAAAAUAUUCAUUAUUCGUGCAAAUGCUGAAAAAUAGGUAAGUACCUAAUCUAAAUAUGCUGGUUGCAUCUAGGGGCGGCUCCAGAGACAUGGUUAGGGGUGGGGGAAGUCAUAAUUUUCAGAUAAUUUCGAUGAAUUUUUUUGAAAUUUUGUUUUAACAGUGUACAAUUGUUUAGAAAUUCAGCUUGGUGGGUGGCGGCCCCUAGGGUCCCCCCUAGAGCCACCCCUGGCUUGCACCGUGCUAAUUAAUUGCAUAAAAAAAUUGUAACAUUGAACAUUCUCAAAAUGUAGGAGUCAGGGAAACGUACGUCAUAAUUAUUGCGUGUCUCUCGCAAGAACGAUGCUUUAUAAUCAUAUAAGGGACGUUGGUGAAGUUUGAACUCCUACUUUGAACCAAACAAUCUUUCUCUAAUAGCGUCUAAUCCCAUUCUCAUCCCCUCCUCUACCCACUCAACCUUUAUAGUGUCUGCAGAAUCCAGAUAUUAUUAUAGAAUUGUUUACAUUAUUAUUUUUACAUUUAAAUUAGACUUUAAGUAAAAUCAAAAGUUUGAAAAACAUUGUAUUAUACACUUAUACCUAUCCAUAUAGUCUCAUAUACUUAUUACCUAUGGACCAAUGAACAGCCCUGCAGAGCUACAAUCGUAUAUAAUGUCUCGCUGAUAUAGUAACAUACAUAGACAUAUAGUCAUAGACUUAUGUAGACCGGCCACCGGCGCACAAAUUAUAUAUUCAAUAGACAAUAAUUAUAUAUUCAUCAACAUUUUACAUUGUAAAUUUACACUUACUCAAUAAAACUUUGUCCAUUUCGUUAUUAAAAUAAAACAUUUUACACAAA